AUGGGCCAACGACAAUCUACCGGCAACGCCACGCAGGACGAGGCGCCAGCGAAGGCCGACUACUACGACCUCCUUGGCGUCGAAAGAACAGCGACCGACGAUGAGAUCAAGAAAGCCUACCGCCGGAAAGCCCUUGAAUUACACCCCGACCGAAAUUAUGGCAACGUGGAAGAAACCACCCGACUGUUUGCCGAAGUCCAGUCUGCCUACGAAGUCCUCUCAGAUCCACAAGAAAGAGCAUGGUAUGACUCGCACAGAGACAUCCUCCUGCGCGGAGACCGGGCCACUGGCCCUGGCGGGGAUGAGUUUUCAUACAACAUCCGCAUGACGACGACGGAAGAUGUGCUGAAAUUAAUGAUGAAGUUUAACGGCCGUCUGGAAUUCAGCGAUGCGCCCGGUGGCUUUUUUGGUGGACUGGACGAUUUUUUCAAGCAGCUGGCCAGGGAGGAAGACAUCGCUUGCCAGUGGGAAAACGAGGACCCCAUGGAAUACCCAGAGUUCGGACACCGCGACGACGAUUAUGAAGAUGUGGUUCGCCCUUUCUACGCUGCAUGGACUGGGUUUGCUACAAGAAAGAGUUACGCCUGGAAAGAUCAAUACCGGUUGUCAGAUGCACCAGACAGGAGGAUUCGCAGGCUGAUGGAGAAGGAGAACAAGAAGAUACGAGACGAGGCCAUCCAAGAAUACAACGAGGCAGUGCGUACACUCAUUGCUUUUGUCCGAAAACGAGACCCCCGGGUACAGAACAACCAGGUAUCCGAGGCCGAAAGGCAAAAAGCCCUCCGAGAAGCGGCUGCAGCACAGGCCGCGAGAUCGAGAGCAGCACGGCAGGCCAAGUUUCAAGGAGCCGGAGAGGACGCCGUUCCAGACUGGGCCAAGUCAAGGACAAGAGACCAACACGAAGGAGGGUUCUCCAGUGAGUCUGAAAUCGAGGAACACGAGUAUGAUUGUGUAGUCUGCGACAAGACCUUCAAAAGCGAGGCACAAUUUAUAGCACAUGAGAAGAGCAAGAAGCACAUCAAACUGCUGAAACAACUUCAGAAGGAGAUGCGGGUCGAAGGUGACAAGCUUAACCUAGAUAAUGAACACAAUGCUGGCGAGCAUGGCGAUGCAGCUGUCGAUGCAGACCAAAUCGGCAGAGAAGAGUCUGACGACUCGCUCGCUCGACAGGCGCACAUAUCUGAAGGCGUGUCUGAAUCCGACGAUAAAGAGCCAACAGAGGAGAAACACGGCACCGCGACGACGGAGAAGGAGGUUGAGGUCUCUGAUGCCUCUCCAGAUGAAAACGACGAUUACGCGACCCGAUCGGAUGUCGAAGACCGCUUAACUCGAGAACCUCUUGAGAAGGCCUCCGCGACACUCGAGGAUCUGAGCUUGUCUGGCACUCUCGUUCCAUCCGAUCCCGAACAAACAGCGCAGCCAAAGCUCGGCAAAGCAAAGCAGAAGAAAGCCAAAAAAGCUGCACGGAAGGCCGUGGCGGAGUUCCAGUGUGUUGUAUGCAAGGCCGAGUUCCCUUCAAAGACGCGACUAUUCAACCAUAUUGAAGACGAGGAUCACGCUGCUCCUGUGGCCCAGGUAAAAGCGGUCAAGGGCGGAAAAGGAAAGAAGAGAUGA